AUGGAGGACUUUCGGAAGCAAGAUGACAUCUACAUCCCCGUCCCGCCGACGCCACCGCCGCAUGCCACCACCCCAGCCCGCCGGCGAUCGACCCGAUCACUACUUCAGCCCAUGGUUCGCUUCGCCUCGCCUAUGGACGCCAUCACACCGAGACGCCGGCCGAAAACGCCCAUGGCAGCACCUAUUUCGCGGCAGCAAACACCAGCAUUCCCGUCCGCGGUGCCAGAAGAGGAAGAAGAGAUGCCUCCGGCCCCGUCCAAAGAGCCAUCGCCCAUUUCUGUCUACACGGACGCUACGGGAGACGAACACUCCGUCGACCUGGACGGGUUCCCGAUGCCGCCAGAGUUCACGGACAUGGAGUAUCUGACUCCUAUUCAGGAGACGGAGGACUGGGUUGAUGUGGAGGAGACGACGGGGAAGGUUUACGCCUUUGACCCCGCUCGUCCGUCUGGCGAUCACUCAAAAGACGACGACGGGUCUGAUUUGGAGACGCCGUUUUCUGACGACUCUACGCUGAGGGGAGAAGAGCCACCGCUGAGCGAAGCAUUUUAUGUGUACCAGUCAAAGUACACCGGGGAAGGUGUGCUUGGUGGCUUGCACUCUGCGGCUUUGGAGAUUGUCCAUGAUGCGAGGAGGAGGAGGCAGUCUCUGUUCAGGUGGCUGCAUGUACAACAAGACAUGAUGAACUUUGACGAAUUCACGAAUGAAAUCUCGCGAUGCCUCUCGGAGAACGAGCAGAAUGACAUCCGGAAGCUUCUCUCCGACGUGAGGAAGAAUUAUUCCAAGACAGUCAGAACCAGCCGGCAAACCACGGUAAAGCACAUGGAGCCGAGCUACCUCCAACUGCCUCUACAAAAAGGGGAACAUGAGAAAGGGUCGACUCCGGGUAAGCGAACGGCAACAUGGCUUUGUGUACCCUACUUCUCUCUCGAGGACUACUCUGGAAUCCUGGCCACUGGAAACCCAGGGGCUUACCCUCCCCAGACUCUGUUGCAAGCAUCGUUCUCUCGAAACUCCCAGAAGCGCGACAUGCAACAAGCUACGCGGCAAAUUGGGAACGGUGAGAAGAGUUCCUGCUUUCACAUUCGCCAGCUUUGGUGCAUCGUUCUCGACAACUCCCUUCUCAUCACCUGCGGUUCGAUGUCCGAGGCGGCCCUGCGAGGCGACAGUGUCAGCGUGGUGUCGGAGCCGGCGAAAGACCCUUCUCACAGCGCAGAGUCUGGGCGUAUCCUCGUUCAAUACGGGGAAUCAGUCUUGUGGUCUUUCCCUCUUGAGGAGUGUCAGACCUGGUUUGCGUUCAUUGCCCACUUCGCCGACUUCUGGCCCAAGGCAGUGCGCUUCCACUUUAACGGCCGUCAGCUGGGCGAAGCACGUUGGUGGAAGGUCUUGCAGUUUGCUAGCACAUCACGCAGAAAUGUCGUUGUCACGAUGGAAACCUGUGCGCCACCUCAACUUCCGCCGAGCGGCAUCCUCCGACCCAUCGGACAAUUAGUGAGCAAUACUCGGUCUCAGCCCGGUGCCGACCUUCAGCCGGCUCCCCUUUCACCCGGAAAACGGUUGAGCUAUCCGCCGGGACAUGGAAAAGCAAACGAGAGGUUUCACGUCUUCAGCUGGGCUGACGCGCAUAUCUCAAGCCCGGUCGAAGGCCCCAACUUUAUUGUCCUACAAAAACAGCUUUCCGAAGUAGAGGAUUUCUUGACUGCCGAGACAAACGGGCCGGACCGGCGAGCUUACUUGGAUUCCGAGGCGUCUGGUCGAGACGAGGUCUACGCCUACCUUGAACAGCAGGGGGCUGCCAUCCAGGAGUUAAAGAACAAACCUUGGAAGAAGCAGGACUACGAAGACCGCGUUGACAUAUUCAACGCUGCCGACACUCUGUUCAGAUUUUUCCUGCCUCCACUGUUUGACGGGCCAACAACUGAGCGGUUUUGGGGGGCUGUGAUGAACCUCGUCUGGGUCCCCGUAUCCGACUCCGCAGAUGGCGAACCUCACCCUCACGGACUCGACAAGAGACGACGCGACGCCGUCUUCGCCAACGCCCCAACGAUGAGAAAAGCUUUGCGACAACUCGCCCUCCCUGUCAUGGCUUUCAAGAGCAUCCUGUCUCACGCUGAACCUACAGACCGUCUGGAGAUCGACGUGCCUAUUGACCUGAUCCGUGCUUGGCUUCAUCUGGUCAUGGGUCUGAUCUACGCCAGUCAUGAGACACACAUGUGGGAGGACCAUCUGGACGUGGCCGACUCUUUGGUGAAGAGCGGCAUGAAGCACAUCAUGGAACGCCUGUCAAAUCUUAAGCUCUUGGAACGCUCUUCCGUCCUCCCGCUGGAGGUCGUAUCCCUGAUCGGAUACGGACUCCUCUCCAACACGUCUGAAAAGUAUGCUGGAAUCAGCGACACAUACUCUGAGUAUCUCAGAGCUUUGGAGAACGAAAUUGCAAACGGGGCGUCAGACAUGACUUAUCAGCAGCGAAUCAACUUUUUGCGUCAGGAAGUCACCGUGAUCAACCGCACGAUAGCUGCGCAAAACAGCGUUUUCAACUCUAUUCUGGCAUCUCGGGACGAAGGUUCAUCCACAACACCAAAGCACCGCCGUCUGAACGCGGUACAGUACAGUGAGGCGAACAGACGGGAAGGUGCGUCCCUGCGGAAUCACCUGCGCAUGGCGAGGAACAGAUACGCCGAGGAUGGCGAGGCGGACGUUCUGCUCGCAUCCAUCGCUGAGGUGUCAGACUUUUACAAGCUUCCGUCCACGGAUGCUGCUGGCUUCAGGGAUCUCCUCGCCGCAGAGUGCACGCAACUGUUGGAGCGUCGGGCAAGAGACUUUGAUGAAUAUGCUGAACAGGCCGAUGUCCUGGAGCAGACGAACCUGAACAACGCAGCGGUGACGAAGGACCGGCAAGAGCAGGCCAUUUAUGCUUUCACCAUUGUCACAAUCAUAUUCCUGCCCUUGAGCGCGGUGUCGAGCAUCUUCGGGAUGAACACGAGCGACAUCCGUGACAUGGAGGCCGGUCAGUGGCUUUACUGGGCCUCUGCGAUACCAGUCACCAUCCUGGUCAUCGUGCUCGGUCUGUGGUGGAUGGGAGAGCUAGGCCAUCUGUUCAACUGGAUGGCCAAUAAGUUUCGCCGCGAGGAGAAUUUCGGAUCCGGGUUCUCUGCGCACGCUGGCAUCUCAGAGAAGUCAAAUCACCAUGACGCGAUGGAGGUGCGUGAGCUCCCUGCUCCGAGGGCGGCUGUGUAUGCUCGACCGCCGUCAGCCAAACAGAACUUCAUGAGGCGGACGGUGAAGCUGGUUCGGUCAGAUGGUGCGUCACGGCGGCAGCAGCGCGCGAGGAUGUCGGCGGCUUGA